CGGCUCCAUGUUCGGUAACUAGUCGAUAGACCAUAUUUGUAACCUGCGCAGAAUCUGAGACAGCAUGGAGGAUCACGGCUUCCUUAUAUUGUUCACCGGAUGUUGCGUACACCCUGUAAGUGACGCCGCACACAACCACACGGCACGUUGAUCUCCGACCUACUAGGGCGAAGGUGGCUGCUAUUGGCAGUGACAGAUGACAAACAUAAAAAAACAUUCGAUCACCAGGAAGUUAAAACGUGGAUUGGCAAAAAAGGCUAGCUGCCUAAUUUGUUAAAAUUCUACCUAAAAUCUAUUUUAUUGUUAUUAAAAAUAGUUUGAUUUAAAACUUAAUCCUAUUGUGCUAAAACCGAAUACUUAAAAAGGUUAGCGCUAAAGGAACCUAUCAAACAUAAUAAAAUCACACGACAGAUAGGAAACGUACAAACGAAAAUUUUAAUCUCUUUCUCGCUGUGAAAUAAAGAGGAUUGAAUUUCGGAAAAAGUGUUUCCAUCGUUGCAUUUUCAACAUUUUAAAAUUUUCGUUUUAUCAAACGAUUUACGAUGCCAAGAGGGAAUCGUCGACAGCGUCAAACGCCAGAGGAAAGCUCUAUGCAAACGUGCCUGCUUUGCAAUCGUUCGGACAACGAUGAGAUGGUGUGCUGCGAUAGAUGUGCCUGCUGGUUUCACUUCGUCUGCGUCGGUGUCAACGAGGGCUAAUCGUUCUUGGAGCUGCCCGGAUUGCUCGCCAGCUAAAGAUCCGGCUCCAUAAUUGCAACAAACAUCGACCCAACCAGAAAAUACAGGGGAACCAUCCAUUCUUUCGACACAACCAUCACCGCAAUUGCCGAUAUUGCCACCGCCGGGACUGUCCGUGCCUCCUCGUCAAAUUCCAACCCCUCGUUCGCGCACGUCAGGAUAAGGUAGUGUAACACCACCGACACCACAGCCUUGCACUCCACGUCCAUUGGAUCAGCAUCCUCCGGUUGUCGAGGUCCAGGAAGAACGGGCAACUAAUCAUGUCGCGCAUAUCGAAACUGAUCUGCUUAAUGAAUUGUCGGCAGACCUUCGCAUUCAGCUUUUGAAGGAACAACAAGCAAUCGAGCAGCGAUAUUUGCUGCGUAGGUUUCAGUUGUUGUUGGAUUCAUCACAUAAUAACAAUUUAUCGAAUCCUCGAGCACCUGUUAGGACUAAUCGUAUCGCUGGUCCCGCUCCUGUAAGUCAUUCUUCGACAAUGAAUGCGAAUCAACCGCCUUUACUUACAACUACUCAAAAUUGAAUUGAAUCACCAUUUGUCCCGAUUUCUCAUGCUCAACGAACGGAACAUACUUCGACUUUUCUCGUCGCUGUUGAAAAUCGAUCGAAUUUCGUAGAAUUUCGUCCACCUCGAUCUGUAAGGGGUCCUAUUGCUUCGACGAUGGUUCCACCUCAGACAAAUCCACCUGCGUUUUCUCGUUCCAAAGAUAAUCAGCGUAUGCGAUCUUCUGCUUUGGCACAGUUCGUUAGUAACGCUCCAACCGGUCUGGAAUAUCACCCGUCGGUCUUACAUGAUGAUCCUACUGCAGUAGGGGGUACGGUAUUGCUCAACAGAAGUCAGAUCGCUGCUCGUCAUGCGGUAUCGAAAGAAUACCAAUAUUUACUGCCGAACCGGAGGAGUGGCCCUUAUUUUUUGCGUCUUUUGAAAAUACAACGCACCUUUGCGGAUUUACAGCAGAGGAAAAUAUGGUUCGGCUCCAAAAGUACCUAAGAGGGAAAGCACUGGAAGCGGUAAAGUGUCAACUGUUGCACCCGAGCAAUCUGGAUCAAGUUCUGGCUACACUGAAGAUGCUCUUCGGCCUUCCAGAAAUCAUUGUACAUUCGCAAAUACAGAAAGUAAAUAAUCUGUCAGCCCCUAAAGCAGAUCGUCUCGGAAGGCUUGUUGAUUUUGCUCUUACUGUACGUAACAUGGUAGCUACAGUUCAGGUUUGUGAAUUAGAGGAACAUUUGUGUAACCUCACUCUUCUGCACAGUUUAUCCGAGCGACUUCCUCCGAUGAUUCGGUUGAAUUGGGCGACUCACCGACAGUCUCUCCGGUCUGUGACAUUAGUUGAGUUCAGCGACUGGCUAUAUAAGUUAGCGGAAGCAGCCAGCGCCGUAACAAUGCCACAGUUUUCAUGUGUCGCUGACAAUAAAUCUCGUCGUGCCCGAAAAGAAGAUGGAUUCUUGAACACCCACGCUGAAGCCCAGAAAGUGAAGCAGUUUGGUUCAAGCAAAAGUUGUGUCGUUUGCAAGGGAAGUUGUGUUGCGGUAGAUAAGUGUAAGCAAUUUGUUUCAUACAGUCUUUCUGCGCGUUGGGACGCACUAUGGGAGCAUAAACUAUGUCGUAGUUGCUUAGCAAACCAUCGAGGUUCGUGCAAAUCCGCAAAACCGUGUGGGAAGAACGGUUGUGAAUACAACCAUAACAGACUACUGCACAAUGACGCAAAGGAUAAGCGAGAAACGCCAAUGGCUAAUUCGAGCAACCACACUAACGGACAGAGGCCAGGGGUUCAUGAUAUCGAGUCGUGUAACAUGCAUCGGGGAGGAAGCAAUUCUGUACUGUUUCAGUACAUUCCCAUUAUUCUUUAUAACCAAGGGAUCGAGAUUCGUACGUACGCGUUUUUGGACAGUGGAUCGUCUCUGACGCUGAUGGAGGAAGGUCUAGCGAAACAGUUACAACUGAGUGGAGAGAAGUAUCCAUUGUGUCUGCGGUGGACUGCUGAUACUUGCCGCUAUAAAAUGGACGCCACUAUAUGUUCUUUGAACGUAUCCGGCACGCUAGACGGAAGUAGUCAACACAACUUGAAGGAGGUCUACACGGUGAAGGAUUUGAAGCUACCUUCUUAGUCGGUAACAGUUGGAAAACUGUCCGCCAAGUACGCGCACCUAAAAGGGCUGCCGAUAGAAUGUGAGAGAAAGUUAGAUGAACCCAUUGCAGUUAAAACGCGUCUUGGCUGGACGGUUUAUGGUACGAUGAUGAACAGUUUUCUAUCGAGCGUGGUUCCACACAAUUUCCACAUCUGUUCUCACUCUCGCGGGUCAGACGAAAACCUUCAUGAAGCAGUCAAGAACUACUUCAGUCUCGACAGUUUAGGGAUUGGAUCUCCACAAAACCAGCUUCUCUCUAAAGAAAACGAACGUGCCCUAGCAAAGUUGCAGGAAGUUACUACAUUCCGAGAUGGACGGUACCAAGUGGGACUUCUUUGGAAAUACGAUGACAUACGACUGCCUAAUAAUCGGACAAUGGCACUCAGGCGCCACUAUUGUCUGAUGAAAAGGAUGGAACGCGAACCCAUGUUGGCUGAAACGGUACGAGCGACACCAAAGCGACACCAAAGGAAAAUCGAGAAACCGGCAAUCGUACGUGAUAUCUACGAUUUUUCCGGUCUUUAACCCCAACAAGCCGGGUAAAGUCCGGAUAGUCUUUGAUGCUGCUGCAUUCUUCGGAGGUGUCUCGUUGAAUUCCGUGUUGUUGAAAGGCCCGGAUCAGUUGAACACUUUACCACCAGUAUUAUAUAAAUUUCGUGAGCGGCUGAUAGGCCUUGGAGGUGACAUCGCCGAGAUGUUUCACCAGUUGCGGAUGAACCCUGAAGAUGCAGACAGCCAGCGGAUUUUAUGGUGUGCUAAUGCUGAAACAACGAAGCCAUGCGACUACGUGAUGCAGGUGGUAACCUUUGGGGCUACCUGCUCCCCGAGUACAGCACUUCACGUUCUGAAAGAUAACGCGUCCCGUUUUGAAAAACAAUAUCCUGUGGCGGUUGAGGCUAUCUUCCGUCGCCACUAUGUCGACGAUAUGUUGACAAACGUUAACACUGAUGAGGAGGCGAUCAAGUUGUCCAACGAUGUCCAGCACAUACAUAACCAGGGAGGAUUCCUGAUGCGAAACUGGAUUUCGAACUCGCCUGUGGUACUAGAAGCCCUCGGAGUGAGCCCAAAGCACGAGAAAUCACUGGAAAUGAACGCUGAGCUCGCUAUGAAAAAACAGGAAGUGGGUUAUAUCUAUGGUAUAACCGCAAGGGUGACGUAGGACUAUCGUUGAUUUAGAGAUCAUUUGUAUGAAGUUGAAUCUGAAUUCAUUCUGAAUGAAUGAAUAUUUGGAGAACUUCGGAAACGAGAGCGUUACGUUGGAGGCACAAGGUUUUAUGCAUCCAAUAUUGAAUACGGAAAUAUCCUACUGAUGGGGAAGAAUAAUCUUCAGAAGCUAUCCUGUUGAUUGCGAUUGAUUGAAAAAUCACAAAACCUAAUGUAUUUGGUCACAGUGUUACAUGGAUAGAAAACAUUAAAAUAAACUCUUUCAUAUGAAUGUAAUUUUAAAUUCCCAGAGGAACUGGCAGAUUAUUUUCAGUAACGAUUAGAUAUUUCCACAUUUUCCUCGAUACUGGAAGCCCACCAGUGGUUAAUGCUAACUCGAUAACCAUCUGUUAAUAGCACUUGAUUGAAACAUAUUUGGUCACAGUGUUACAAGGAUAGAAAACAUUCAAAUAAAUUCUUUCACAUGAAUGUAUUUUUAAAUUCCUAGAGGAACUGGCAGAUUAUUUUCCGGAUCUUUCUCGAUCCAAACGGAAAGAAUUCCGUGCGUGUAUGUGUGUGUGUGUAGCGGCUGCUUCGAGAUCUUCCCGGGGAACCGUUUGUAGCAUCACUCUCCUCCUGAUAGAUUCCCUUCUGGCCUAAGGUGCACAAACAGGCUCUUGGUGACACCGUUCAUCCGCGCUUUCAUGAUAAAUGAAGAGCUUCACCACAACAGCGACAACAUGCUGUUUUCAUGUUUCUUUGUUUUUAAGAGGCUUUAAACUUUGCAGUUCAUUCGCCUCCAAAUACAACAUGCUCCAAUCGCUGUUCAAUUAGAACUGAGUGGAUUUCCGAGCGGCGCUCGCUUAUAUACCGAUUGGUGAUUUCAAUAGCCUAUUUUGAAAGCAAAUUUAAGACUAUUGAAACAAGUUUUUGGAUCAGAAAGUAACAAGUAUAGAACGCGUAGACAUUUUAUCUUUCGAAUGAAGUGUUUAUCACUUAUGCUCUGUACGGAUCGCAACCGGGAGCUAUUAUCUGGCGCCAAACACCCUACAAAGCGAGACGUUCUGCGAACUCUCAUGGCAAUCUAUGAUCCUUUAGGACUUAUCGCGCACUACCUGAUGUAUUUAAAGGUACUUCUUCAGGAAAUCUGGAGAGCUAAAACUGGAUGGGAUGAUGCUAUUGAACACAAACAUCUGGAGAAAUGGCUGCUCUGGUUGCGCAUACUGCCCGAGCUGGAAACUGUUGAGAUACCUCGUUGUUAUUUUCGUCAUGAUGCAGGUAUCGACAAGACUACCGUGGAACUUCACACUUUUGUGGACGCCAGUUAGAAUGGUUUCGCUGCUGUAUCAUAUUUCCGCUUCGAGAUAGACGGCCACAUCGAGUGUUCUUUCAUCGGGAGCAAAACAAGAGUAGCACCUAUAAAGUUUGUCUCCAUCCCUCGUCUCGAACUGCAAGCAGCUGUUGUCGGAGCGCGUUUGGCCCAAAGUAUUGUUGAAGGACAUUCUAUCAGAAUCGACCUCCGCUACUUCUGGACGGAUGCACGAGACGUUAUAUGUUGGCUGCAAUCUGACCAUCGUCGCUAUUCUCAGUUCGUAGCUUUCCGCGUGGCCGAGUGGUUAGCGUCAAACCUAACAUGCCGGGGGUUCGGGUUCGAUUCCCGUUCUGGUCGGGGAAAUUUUUCUUCAAAGAAAUUUCCUCUGACUUGCACUGUGGUCACGCGUAUUCUAGAGCUUGCCACUCAGAAUGCAUUCAAGGCGUGUUAUUUGGCAUAGAAAUCUCAACUAAGUACUAAUGAAAAUGACGCAAGUAAUACUACGUUGAGACGGCGAAGUUCCUCUAGGAACGUUAGUGCCAUUGAAGAAGAAGAAGAAGCUUUCCGCGUCGGAGAAAUAUUGGAAACAACGAACGUUAACGACUGGAGGUGGCUGGGUACCAAACACAACGUUGCCGACGACGGCAAAAAAUGGAAAUUUAGGCCGGAUCUCAGACCUACAAGCCGUUGGUUCAUCGGUCCUCCGUUCCUGUGGAAGCGGAAGAGUGAAUGGCCGGUUUUAACUCUAACAGGAGAAGUAACAUCCACGGAGGUCCGAGCCAAUCUACUGCACCAUACCGAAGCUAAAGACGAGGCCGUUCUACAACCGGAUAACUACUCUUCUUGGCAGCGGUUGAGACGUGCGAUCGCCUUUGUUCAACGCUUCGUCGGAAACAUCAAAAAGAAACUAAAUAACCAACCUGUGAUUUUUGGGGACCUGUGAUAUUUGGGGCCCCUUGUACAAGCAAAACUUUCUGCUGCAGGAGAUGUUUCUAUUCCGGCAGGCCCAGAGAGAUGUCUACGGCGAAGAACUGGCGGCUAUAGCAGUAGGAAACCGUCAGCUCAACAAUAAAAGCCGCUUAUACAAGCAGAGCCCUUUCAUUGAUGACCGUGGUGUAAUGCGAAUCCACGAAGCGCGUCUAGGAGAGUGUGAUUUUUUGGACGAAAGCGAUUCACAUCCCAUCAUUCUUCCUCGGGAUCACCCAAUUACCCGUCUCGUGGUAGCCAACGUACAUCAGUGUUAUCAUCAUAAGUGUCACGAAACUUGUGUGAACGAAGUACGGAAAGCAUUUUACAUUCCACGAGUGCGUAGAGUCUGUAACCAAGUUCGCCGAAGCUGCCAGAUGUGCAAAAUAUUCACUGCAAGACCAGUGCCACCGUCGAUGGGUCCACUUCCGAAAGCACGAGUAGCGGCCUUCGUACGACCAUUUUCGUACGUGGGCGUGGAUUUUUUUGGUCCGUUUCUCGUCCUUGUUGGUCGUCACCACGAGAAGCGCUGGGGUAUGAUUGUCACAUGCCUAACCGUUCGGGCAAUACAUAUCGAAUUAGCAGCAUCAUUGACUACAAGCUCGUGCAUCAUGGCUUUAAGAAACUGCUUCGCGCGUCGUGGAACUCCUGUCGAAAUUAGAAGUGACUGCGGAACAAAUUUUGUCGGCGCAGAAAAAGAACUUAAGGCUGCGGUGGCGAAUCUGGACCGGGACAAGUUAGUGACUGAAUUCACCACUCCCACAACUUCAUGGAUUUUCCCCUCCCGCAUCACCUCACAUGGGUGGGAGCUGGGAACGUCGUAUCUAGUCAAUAAAGAAGAUCCUUGUCGUCGUUAAACCUCAGCGAGUGACUACAGAAGAAAUAUUGCGAAGCUACCUAAUUCAGGUGGAAAACAUCGUUAAUAGUCGACCUCUGACGCACGUUCCUGUAGAUAGUUGUUCUUCACCAGCUCUCACCCUGAAUCACUUCCUGGUGGAUUCGUCAAACGGGUCCAAACCUCUCGUCCCAUACAAGGAUUGUCCUCUAGCGCUACAGAGGUCUUGGAAGGCAUCAGACGCUUUAGCUAAUCGUUUCUGGCAACGAUGGGUUGCAGAGUAUUUGCCUACGAUCACUCGUCGCACCAAAUGGUUCAACUCAGAGAAGCCUAUUGCGGUGGGUGACGUCGUUGUUGUGGUAGAUCCGGAUCUGGCACGGAAUUGCUGGCCUAAAGGACGAGUGGUGUCUGUUACAACCUCCUCUGACGGUCAAGUUCGUUCUGCGGUAGUGCAGACUGCUUCAGGACUCUACAAAAGACCCGCAGUUAAGUUAGCCGUGUUAGCCGUGUCCAACGUCCGGGGGGGAUUGUUGCGUACACCCUGUAAGUGACGCCGCACACAACCACACGGCACGUUGAUCUCCGACCUACCAGGGCGAAGGUGCACUCUCAGGAAAGAUUGGUAUAUAUGACGAAUUUUUUGGUAAAUAUUACCAAUGGAUAGUAAAUUUUUGCAACACGAAUCAUUCGUACAUAUUACGCGAUAACAUUGGUAAACAAAUGUCAAAUCGGCCAGUAUAACCCAGUAUAAGCAAUCGGUUCAACGUUGAUUUAACAUACACCCUAAACAUGGUCGAAAUGAUUCAUAAUAAACUACAUUUAUUGUUGAUACAUUUUUUUUUAUUAUUAAUUAUUAUCAUUUCCAUUACCAUCUUCUGGCUAAUAAACGAUAAAUAAAAUUAUUUAUACUCAUUUGCAAGCAAUUGCCUUCAGAUGCAAAAUUCCAUCCCUUCCACUUCGACGCGGCUCUGGUUCUUAAAAAGUCUCUCCUCCACCACGAGCCAAUCUUGGGGCGAGAACCAGUGGCGGAAUUCGUCUUCGUCGAACGCCGCUUCUCGUAUUUUGCGGGCGUUUGCGUAUCAUCCGGCAGUUUAUAGUUUGAUCAUUCUCUGCAUCGUUGUGUUCCGUGAGAGAUGAGAAAAUUUAAUCUGCAAAAAUUUGAUCAUUAAGCUAAUGUGUGAAAAAUGUCUCAACGCUGCGCACUGAUUCACUUACCGAUACUGCGAAAACGACGAGAAUUUCUCCAGAGACUGCUGAUUUUCGACCUUCUUAACAACAAUCUUGACUGUGUGUUUUGGGCAAGCUUCGAAUCAACGCUCCAGGUAGAACAACCAGACAAUUUGUUUUCUUCCGGCAAGCAGCACAUCGUACUCUAUACGGACAGAAUAAUCCCUUGGAUGUUUGUUGCCAACGGUUCAAUGAAGUGUAUCAUUUGUUUGAAUUCGAUAUGUCCAGAAAUGUGUUUGUUAUAAGGAUUCAAUAAUUGAAUUUUAGUCUGUCCGACAAUUUCUUGGCGAAGACUUAAUAAAUAAAUAAAUUAUAAAAUCACACGACAGAUAGGAAACGUACAAACGUAAGUUUCAAAUGAACUUGUAAAACUAUUAUCCAAAAUUGUUAUUAUUGUAGGAAAAUUUUAAUCUCUCUCUCGCUGUGAAAUAAAGAGGAUUGAAUUUUGGAAAAAGUGUUUCCAUCGUUGCAUUUUCAACACCGGACUUAUUCAGGUAGGGUACUGUAGAUGUAUUAGUAGCGAUCAUUCAAAAUCGUCUAAAACUAACAGAGGACUUUGAGGUGGCGAUGAACCGUCCUAUUUUUUUUAGGGCAUACGGGGCAUAAUUGUCAAUUACUCUCGUCGGUUUAUUUGCUUCCGAAGGCGUGACAUUCUUGUAAACAUUACUCCUAGAAGUAGUCUAUCAUAACCAUUUUCUCGAAGAAUAACAUGACCCGUUUAUUGUCCAAAAAGUAGCAAUUUAUUGGUUACAUUUUGUCGUACAUUAAACAAGAAUAAAGAAAAAAGGAAGUACAUUGAAAUAUUGUGAAGAUUGGAAAUAACUGCGAGAUGUUCAUUGAUAAAUUCAACUUGUAUUACAUUCAUUAUCUAUUACACACAAACACAAAAAAAACAGUGCAAAUGAUCAUAAAUUUACAAUAAAAUAUUAAUUUUGACAUUAAACUAACAAUUUGUCGCUAAUGCUAAAAAAAUGUUCAAUGGCGAAAAUUAUUCUAACGAAAAACUGUGGCGAAUAAAAUGUUAAGAUAUUGGAAUAUAUUCUUCAAGCACGGCUGUAACUUUGGUUUACGGUGUAUAUAGAAAUCAGGAUUCUAACACCUCAUUUGCUUUCUUUUCCAGCAAUUUAAUAACUUUCGCCAAGUCGUAAUCUUUCACGAUUUUCGCGUACAUAGUUUUCCUGACCUCUGUCAUCGUCAGCCAGAAGGGGGUAAUUUUGGCGAUCAUUUUCAAAUGUUCCUCUAGCUCUUUCACCGACAGUUUGCUCCGAUAGCUGUUCUCAAUUCUGACCAGGGUCAUCUCAAGCGGCAGAACACCCUUCUUCUCGGUGAUGAAUACAUUUCGCAGAUGGCGAGCAAUUUCCGGCAGUCUGCUAUACUUGAUAGCUUCACGAUCCUGUGAGGGUGGCCGGGUCAUCUGAUCCAACGCUUUGGCGGCUUGUUUGGCCCGGAUUUUCUCCAGUAGUGCUUUGGGAAUGUUUUUGAAUGCUGCUUGCCUAGGAUCUUCAGUCUUCGUUUCUGUUGGUUGGGAGGGUUUGAUUUCUUUGGUAUCCUCCUGACCGCAAGCAGCUACUGGUGCUGCUGUUGUUUCUGUUGUAGUCGUUACAACUGCCUGACGCUUCUUUUCUUCCAGUCGUUGAAAAGCUCGUUCCAUCGCCGUACCACAGUUGAAUAAGUUUCUAGCCGUUGAAAGAACAUCUUUGGCUGAAGAGAACCGUUCCACAUUCGGUGGUUGUGGGAGCUCAGCCUUCUCUAUGUCGGGGCAAGAUUCGAGAUCGAACUCCGGAUGCCAACGAGUGAUUUUUUCUUUGGUCAGUAUGACGGGUGGGUCUAACCCUCGCAGAAAUUUCACGUGUGCCUCUUUCGCUUUCUCCAAUAAGAGUCGAUGGAACUUCUGGCCACGUUCCACUAUCACCUGUGGAUUCAUCGCAUGAUCUUGAGCGCUACGAACGAUAUUCGCGUCAUCGCCGGUAUGUUUCGGCACCUUUUCCUCCACGUUUGGUUUAAUAACAAGCUGAUAUGUGUCAUGCUUAGUGGCCGAACCGUAGUUCUUGGUCAACUCCUGACUCAGUACGAAUGCAUCCGGAAAUAAGGUUUUUAUUUGAGCUAAAUGACUUUCGAACAAAUUUUUGCGUGCCAUUCGCUGCACCGCGGGUUUCAGCUUCUUGAAUGUGAUCUGUUCCUUCCUGUUGUGGAACAUUGAGCACACAGUGUCGAUACAUUUGAACAGCUCUGCCAGCGAACGGUAUUUGUAGGGGAGUUGAAGCGCCGGACGACCGGCUUCCGCGAGAUUUUGGAAGCGUUGAUAAGCCGGAACUUUGGUCGGGCUCGCAGUGACCGGCGUGGCCGACGGUUCCUUGAUUGGGCUCAUCAACAGUGAAAGUUUCUUAGGCGUUAUUGUCUUCUGAGGUGACAUAAGUGAACUGUGGUUCGCCUUGGUCGGAGUCCGGUGGAACAUCUUUGUGGGAGAGAUGAAGGCGGCUUUCAGAGGGCUGCAAUGAGAAAAGGAAUAUAAUUAGCAAAACCGUUUAACAUGACCCGUUUAUUGCCCAAAAAGUAACAAUUUAUUGGUCACAUUUUGUCGUAUAUUGAACAAGUAUAAAGAAAAAAAUAAAUUACAUUGAAAUAUUGUGAAGAUUGAAAAUAACUGUGAGAUGUUCAUUGAUAAAUUCAACUUGUAUUACAUUCAUUAUCUAUUACACACAAACACGCAGGCUUGCACAUCAUUCGGUUUCUGAUAACUCAAUUCUAUUCCCAAUAGGUUCAAAUAUUCGCCAUUCGACAUUCGCCCUCAUAAUCGUAGUCAG